AAAAACUGGGAAAGUAUGUCUAAGAAAAUCAAUACCGCAACUCAAAAGACUGUAAUUGCUGUGGACGUGAGGAAUCAUGGGGAAAGUCCACACGCUAGCAGUCACACUUACCCAGAUCUUGCGUCUGACGUCUCGAGUCUAAUAACUAAAUUAUCCAUAAAACAAGCUGUUAUUAUUGGUCACAGUAUGGGGGGCAGGACUGCCAUGGUUUUAGCACUGUCCGAGCCUCCCAAAGUGUCAAGAUUAGUGGUGGUUGACAUAUCCCCAGUGUCAACAGCAGGCAUCCUUAAUAAUUUUUUUCCGAAACUCAUGGAUACAAUGAAGACAGUUGAUUUCAAAAACAUUAACAACGUGGUUAACGCUAGAACUGUUGCUAGAGAUAAACUAGUCGCUUCGGGUGUAGUGGACGCCGAUUCUACGGGAUUCAUUCUUAUGAACAUAGGCGUUAAACAAGACAAGUCGAUUGGUUGGCUGUGCAACAUAGAUGUGCUGAAACGACAUUUCACAGACAUAGCAAGCUUUCCAAGCGAAAUGAUUGGAAAACAAUAUGCUGGGCCGACUCUAUUUAUUGGCGGCGAUAAAUCUAACUACAUACCACCUGACGAUAUUAUUGGUAUUAAAAAAAUAUUUCCGAAUGCAGAAUUGGAAUACGUUAAAGAUGUUGGUCAUAACGUGCACACUGAGGGCCCUGUGGAAUUUCUUAGGCUACUAAAAGAUUUCUUUCAGCAGCGGUACAAGGAUUUGCGAGUGGCCAUCCCUAUCUACUUGACUGUCAUUCAAAAUGUCAAAAUUAUAACCUAUCUUUAUUUAGGAACAAUCAGAGUUAUGUUACUCAACACGCUUCGUACAUCAUGUACUUUUCAAAUAUGUCCAAAAAUAUUAUCAAUUUCGUUCCCACGUUAUGUGACGACAUCUACCAGCUAUGCAGAAACUGUGGACUUAGCAUAUUCUUCAUAUGAGAGUACUGAUGAUGAGACCUCUACACGACCUCCUGUAGUAAUUUUACAUGGGCUAUUAGGCUCGAAGAAUAACUGGAACAGUAUGAGCAAAGCGAUACAUAAAUCAACCGGGAGGAAAGUCAUUGGUAUUGAUGCUCGUAACCAUGGUGAUAGUAAACAUUCUCCACAGCAUACCUAUCUACAUAUGGCCCACGACGUUAUGAAGCUGCUUAAGAAGCUAGAGAUAUCUAAGGUUUCCCUUUUAGGGCAUAGCAUGGGUGGCCGCACUGCCAUGGUGCUGUCAUUGCUCUGUUCUGAUUUAGUAUCAAGCUUGAUUGUGGUAGAUAUAUCGCCAGUAAAAACAAGCCCACAAAUAUUUUCAAUGGUGAAUCUCUUUGAUGCUAUGGCUGCUGUUUCAAUCAGAUCAGGCAUAGCUAUGUCUAAAGCAAGAAAGCUAGCUGAUGAGCAAUUAAAAGGAGUUACUACUGAUGUGAACCUGAGAAAUUUCCUCAUUACAAAUUUGAUACAAACCAACACUGGAUCUUACUCAUGGAGAGUAAAUAUACCAGCAUUAAAAGAUAACUUCCAGCAGAAUAUUGCAAGUUUUCCUACAACUUUAAAAGGGCUUCAGUACUGUGGACCAACUCUCUUCAUAGGAGGUUCAUUGUCAGAUUAUAUUGGGAAAAAUGAUUUGCCUGAAAUGCAAGAAUAUUUUCCACUGGCAGAACUGCAAUUCAUUGAGGGAGCCGGUCAUUGGGUUCAUAGUCAGAAACCUGAGAAAUUCCUUGAUAUGGUCUGCAGUUUCCUACAAGAAAAAUAAUGGAGAUAAAAUUAAACUUAGCUCAAAUUUAAUAAUGUUCUGAUUAGCUAUUUAAUUUAUACAAAA